GGGUUGGGCUGCUGGCGCUCUCGAGUCUCGCCGUCGACACCACAUUCGGGAGGCAGGCGGCCCAGGCAGUGUGGCUGGAGCGGUGGGAGUGAGUGCACGUACCAGCUGGCGCUCUCCUCUGUCCCUCCUGUAACAAGCUCAGAGUGAGCCUGAGCAUUGAGGUUGGGAGUUUGUUGCCGUAACGAGACGCCAAACCAAAGAAGAUAACAUUUGAGUCCUUCUGAGCGUCAAAUAAGGUCGUCUCUGUCGGGCAGGUGGUCAGCCAAUCAGCGUUUCCCAGUGCAAACGUCAUCAAAGACACAGCCAAUCACAGUGUCCCAUGGUGCACACUUCAUCAAUGGAUCUGCCAGUCAUCUCGUCCCCUGGUGCUGGCGUCAGGGGGACAGCCAAUGAGAGUGUCUGCUGGUGCUGACGUCACGGGUUAAGGCGACACACAUGCUCUUGAAACGUCGUCCUGAAAACGAGUCUGGAACACCACGGAAAGAAAAGCAUAAGGGAAACUGUAUUAAAAAGGACAAAAUAGUUAGAUAGUCUGCAUGAAGAUCUCGAGGUGCUUCUUAGUUACGUAUUGUGUUUGUGAGUGCAUGUGUGAGUAUGUAAGUGAGGAAAGAUAGUGUAAAGACAAUUAAAAAGUAGUGUGUGAAUAAGCAGAAGAGAGGAUCAAGAAGCGAUACACAACGGAAUAGGUUAAAAGAAGAGGGAGAAGACGAAGAAGAAAGGUGUGUACGGGCGGUGCAAAUGUGUAUACGUGAACAUUGAUGAAGUUUUCUCAUGGACGAACUAGAAUUGCAGCCCACACGGAAACUCCAGGCGGCAAGCAGGCGUGGAGGUGCUUGCUAAAGAAACACACGACCCAAACUUCGCCUCCAAGUUGCCGGCAAUGUCCAGGUAAAACGGACCCCCCGAAGUUGUCAUCGCCCACAAACUUUUCCCGUGGAGCAGUGAAUCGCCUUUAAUGCAGCCUGGAAUUAUAAUCAUAUACGCCGCGUUCCGAAGGUUUUCCGAGUGCGUGGUGCUGAUAAAUGUCUGAACUUCGGGCUCAGUGAAACGAGAAAACGGGUCUUUGAUAAUGUGGUGAUGAUGGUGAUGCUUCUGUGUGGUGAUGGUGAUGAAAACGACCCUGGUGAUGAUUCUGUCGGUAGUGGUGUUGAUGGUGAUGAACGGUGGAGGUUGUGACUGUGGAAUCGCUUGGUGUUGACUGGUAAAUGGUGUUUGGGGUUGGAAAGUAUCACAAACAUCAAAUACAGAAGUGGUGGACGUGGUGAAAGACUCAACCCAGCUGUUAUAGUGACGAGACUUGUAGUAGCAGCAGUAGUAGUCGUAGUGGCGGUGGUGGAGGAGGAGGUGGUAGCGGGGGAGGAGGGUGGGGUGUGGUGGUGAAUGUUUCUGUUAGUGGUGGUGCCUGUUAAGACGCAAAGAUGGCGGCGUUUGAGUCCUGCGGGGGCGGGGCCUGCGGCGGCGGCGGCGACGAGGGGAUGGGCAAAGGGCGCGCUGUGGUGGCCGCCGUGCUGAGCGUCAUCUCCCUGGCCGUGCUGAGCCUCCACGUGGCCCUCUGUCUGCACUACCCUUCCCCGCUCUUCGCCGUCACGCUGCUCCUUAAUCCAUCUCUCUGGAUGCUGCUGGGAGCCGUGGGGAUGGGCUGCGCUCUGGCCCUCACCUACAGGGAGCGGCAGAGGAAGGUGCGAGCCGCCCUUUGUACCACCUGCCACACCCGCUACGGCGCCACCGUCGACGGCAAGUGGCGGGAGGGGAUGGCUCCACGUCCCCGGGGGCCCUCCAGAGCAGUGUACGCCUACAAUGGCAUCUCGCACAAAUUCUACGCUUCUUACGGUGCCAUGAGUGAAAAGCCGGGCGGGGGGCUGAAGCACCCCGCUGCACUGCACAAACCCUCAGCCCCCUCAGUCAAGCAGGCCCCGCCCCCCGCCCGUCAGGAACCAACACCAGUCAAGGCAUCACCUGAACCAGAGAAAGACGAGGAAGGGGGAGACGCCCCAUCAGUGGAUGCCAAGGAAUUGCAGUCGCCUGGGAAUAGCUCCAACCCCGACCCUCCUUCGGCCCCAAACACUGACUCGUCAACCGUGUCUGUUACUAUCGAGUCACCGGCAACAACGUCUAUUACCAGCCACACUGACAGUGACAAGAAGGUCCCGCCAGCAGCUGCUCCUGAAGAGAAGCUUGCAUGCAACUGUCUCUCUAGGUACGGCGGGAUGAGGCAGAGACCGAGGGAGCGAAUCCACCAUCGGACACCCGGUGACGGCGGAGCACCCAGGCGCCGCACAGCCCAGCCUGAGGUGAGGACGGUCGGGAAGUACAACAAAAGGAUCCUGAUGCAGUGCCGGGCACGAGACCCGAAGGAUGUGCCCGUCCACCUCUUUAGCGCCACUAGCGUUUCUGCCAACCAAGAUACAGUAUCCACUGCCACCACAGCGUCACCUGCAACCACUUCGGCUGACUCCUGCAGUGGUUCGCGUCCUUUGCCUCCCCGCGGCCUCUCCAGCGCCACGAAUCUGUCGCUGGCUGAGGAAAGCAACGCUCCCAGGGAUAAGGAAACUCUCCCCCACUCAGGCUGCGACCCACCGGAAGCUUGCAAAUCACAUGACUCCCAUUCUCCAGCUGGCACACGCGCUCCGUCCCACAGACCCACACCACGCCCUCCGUCCCCCGCACCCCCCUCGCGUCCCUCUCCGUCCCCCCCGCUCACUCCCGCCGCCGAGGGCAUCAGCUCCGGCGACUCUGCUCACGAAGCUUUUCAGAGUCUCCAAGACCCCGAAGUGGCCUCCAUGUCCUCUGAGUGUGGACUCCUGCCCUCCAGCGAGGAGCCCAGCGCCCCACACCGCUCUCCGCUCUGGGCGCCGUGGGGGAACGCGCGGCGGGAACGUCGGUCAGAGGAGCGUCAGGCCGGCAGCGGGGGCCGGCCGCCCCUCAGCAGCCUGCUGGCCACCACGCGGCGGGUCCUGGCCAGGCCUCGGUGGACCCGUCAGGAGGAGCGCACGCCCCCUGCUCUCCAGCUGUCCCCGUCCUCGCCGCGGAAGAGGCGAGUCCCGGGCUCCAUCCAGGGAGGGAGACUCUGGCGGCACCGGAAGCCGUCGCCGGGCAGGACAGUGACUCCACGGGGGGGCGAGGGCGCGAAUCCCCCCGAGAGUGUGGGAACGAGCGGCUUUGGGGCUCCCAAAUCCGAUGGUCCAGAUCCCGUGAGCCCCGGCGCCCCUGCCAGGCCCCGGGAACGCAAAAUUAGAAGGACGCGGCCCCGGCCGCGUCACCGCGAGGCAGCCGGGGACUCCGUUUUGUUGCUCAGCGACGACGCCACGGAGGAGUGACCGGGGCUCCUCCGCCACGCCCCAGAGUCUGGUAACACACGUAAUGACGAAGAUUAUAUUUUUUAUAACAUAGCUUAAGACCUCUAUCACAAACACGUAGGAUUAUCUUGAAACCUGCAAGUUUAUGAUAAAAAUUGGUGCCAUAUGAUUUUACCCCCUGUGGUAUUACUGGAAUAGUAAAUAACAUUUGUUCAUUAUUGUUGAAGAAUACCAUGGUAGGCCAGCAUGUAUACAUCAGAAAACCCGGCAAUUACGUAUUUUCUGUAGCGUAGGUAUUACGCAAUCAUUGCGGUUGCCUUAUAAUGGAACGCUCACUAGAGUAUUUAGGUGUCGUGUUUUGCCAAACAUUUGCAAUACCAAUGAACCGUCGACAUUUUAACGUAAUUGUUCGAUUUCACAAUGUAAACAUUCAUUAUUAUUUACGGGAAUAGUUUAUUGGUUGAGCGUUUCCGCUGGUUGUAUUUGCAAACAUACCCCUGGCUGAUAUUCAUACAUGUCUCUUUGUUUGGUACGGAGACAAAGGACAGGCAUGUGUUUGUAUCCCGUUCUAUUGGGGGUUGGCACGCCGGGUCGCGCGGGUCACUGAUUCACUCAGUGCUGGGAGUCACACAGAGUCAGCCGUGGCGGCCGAGGAUCGUGGCGGCGGCGGCUGCCCUGCCUCGGCGUGACGGUGUCGGCCUGCAGCCCAGCACACAGGUAACACGCCAUGACUCUCGUACCGUGGAAGAUUUAAACAGCGGUGUUAUUCACCUGAACGAGCUGGGACAUUUAAAGGUGGAGCAAGGACUAACGUGUUCGUUAAAGAAGACCGCUCAAGGUGGCCGCCGCCCCGCCGCGGCUCGCGCACAAAACACGGGAGCCACUGACACUGGCCCUGGCGUGCAGGUGUGGCGCGGGGUUACCCCGUUGUGAGUCACGGGGUCACAUUUUCACGAGCCUAUACGAGAAUAAUAUUUGGGCAUUGUUUGUUGCAGGAUUGUGGACUUUUAAUAUAUUAUGCGUAACACUAUUUGAGGCUUUGUAUCCAAAAGAAACGAGGGUUGUGAAGCGAGAGUCGUGCUCGUCGUUAAUAUUAAACUUAACGACAACUCCAAACUGUAGCCAUAUAUUUAUAACAUGCAGAGAAAAUUCACUUCUGCUGCUAACACCUGGCAUGUCACCCUGCCAUGAGCCCUUAGACUGAAGUAUUUCUUUUUGGUGGUAGCACUGGUAGGUAGGUUCCUUGACCCCAUCUGACAAUUUGUUUUAUCAUUUCUUUCAUUAUAAUAUUGACUGACCUGAGCAGUCUGUUUCAGAGAUACCAACUGUUUAUUUCUGGAUACAAUGUGAUUUUUAACAUCAAUAUAUUUUUAACUGGAAAAAGCUCUGCAACCUAACUUGUAGCAUCCUAUGGCCGCUGUUAUAAGUACAGUAAUAUCUCCGCUGAAACAGUAACCUAUCAAAUUAAAUAGUAACAUAUCACAACAUAUCGGUCAAAAUUGUAACCUAACCUAAUGGAUAGCAACCUGUUGCCACUGAAAUGGUAACCAAUUGUUGCUAAGGAUAGUAACCUUUUGCAGCUGGAGUAAUAACCUGAUUAUAUUUGAAUCCGUGUCUCCCCACAUAUUUGCUACUGCAAUAAACAAUAUCCCUUUCACGUUUUAAUUACAUUAAUGCUGAAGAGUUGAAGGACAUCACUACUUUUAUGACAACAUCUGUCUGAUAGUUACAAUACCUGUACUGUCAACUUAAUCCAAAGCAAUGCAGCUGAUGUGUUUAUAAGGAAGCCAUGACCACACCUCCAUACAGGCCUCUGUUGCAAGGAGAGCCUCAAUUAUGGUCCUGUGUAUUGAGGAAAAGUUAUGUGUCCAGUACAAAAUGAUGCACAGAUGAUAUAUGCAUCAACUCUCUUUUCUCAGCCUCAGCCUCAUUGUCAGGGGGGAAUACCACUUCAAGAGAAACUGACCUUCUUUGGAAUUUCUUUUUUUCAAUAACCUACCUGGGAAUUGAACCUGGGACCUCAAGACACCAGGUAUACUCUGGCAUCAAGCCAAAGGUACCCCCAGGCUUAAGGUUUUGUGAGUCUGUGUCUCAUGCCAUUACAUGGCAUCCCUUCUUCUUAGAUCAAUUACUUUGACUUUUCUUUAUUCACUCUUCUUCACAUCACAUUUUAUAUGGUAGCAAGAUCUGAGACCCCCUUCCAGAGACUUGAGUCAUCCAAUAUCUUACCCCUACAUGGGGAGAAACACAACAAAGGAUGGAUCCCACUGCCGGCCACCACUCUCAAUGGGGGCAGGGCACUUUUCAAAGCACUUGACAAAUUGAUCUACUUUGGAAUAAAUCUUUUUCCCAACAACCCUCCUGGAACUCAAACCAAGGCUCCAAGAUGCAAGGCAGAUGCUCUAGUGUCAAACCAAAGGGUGCCCCAGGUUUAAGGCCCUUGUAGUCUUUAUCCUUAUCUUGGGCCUUUACAUCAUUGGCUGGAAAACAAAAAUAGUUGAUGGAAAAUUUUCUUUUUUACUCUUAUUUUUUCCAUAUUUUUUUAAGCUCAAAGCAACUAUUAAUUGACUAGUUUGAGACUUUGGUGGUCGGCACAACUCUUUGCAAAGUAAGUGGAUUUUAAUUGUAAUCUUGGUGCUCCACUUAUUUGCAGUUACAGUUUAAUUUAUAGUUGAGAAAUAGGUGAUCCUUGGCCAUUCAAUGACACUUAAUAGUUAGCAAUCAUUUGUGCAAAACCUUUAGGUUUUGGGAGAACCAGUUUUAUGUGCUGACUACUCAGCCACUGCCUUAUGUUGCUGCUGCUGUUUCUCAACAUCUAAGAAGCAUGUAAAAUUUUAGAAAAUUUUCAUCAAAGAUGUCUUCCCUGUUGAAGUGGGAACAACAUUUUCAGAAAACUCAAAACACCAAACAGAAAAAUGCAGUAGGAGUUGUCAUAAGUUUGAUAAUGUCCAUACAUUAGACAUCAGUGUUGGUUGUCAUUGAGGAUAAGUGACUACAAAAUAGAAGUGCAAGUUGGAUGGAAGCUGCAAAAAUAUCAAGUAUUGGGUUAGGAUAUAUGUGUCUUGCAUUACUCUGCACUCUGAUAAGAUACAAGGUUGUGAUGAGGCAUAAGGGGGUUUCCUAAAAUAUUUUUUUGAAAUUUUGAUGCACUUUAUAGUCAAGAUUUCGAUAUUUGGACAAAUUAAAUACAUGUACUGCAUAAGAUCUUUACUUCAAUUAUUUUAUUGAUUUUAUGGUGAAAAUUGACCAAAGCACUCAAAUACAUACUAUGAAAUGUGACCUAUAAAAAUAUAAUAUUUAGUAAUACAUAAAACAAAUGUAUCAAUCCUGCUGCAAUGCUUCAUGAUGCACAUUCCCCUAUGAAUAAAUAAUAGUGCUUCAUUUCAGUAGGACUAGACUGUAGCUUUCUUAAGGCAUAUUACAUUGUACCAUCUCCCUCCGUGUAUUAACUUGGCUGACUAAUCAUUUCUAGAACACCACUUAGCUUGUGGAAAUCACAGUAGACAAUAUAUUAUUGUAGAUUUGCUCACUUUGUCACCGAAACACUCUAUACUAGCACCAUUUAUUUAUUAUUACUAGACUGUCAGUCCUAAGUUGUUUAUUGGAUAAAUAUAUCACUAGUCCAGUUACUUAGGUGUAUUCACACUCUUGUUCACUAUGUAUUGUUAAGCGCUCAAGGGAAGGAGACCCAAGGAACCCUUCUCAGCCGAUUACCAUAGAUUCUUGAAGCUAUUUGUAUCCUCAGUUGUGCAUUUUGAUAUUAAAAAUUUUCUAUGUUUGUGAGUUUAAGUGUUUUGGUGUGUGGAGGGAUAGGAAAACAUUUCCAUUCUGUGAGAAUAUUUGGAUGUAGCUGAAAAUUAAUUUUGAUGGCUGAACUUGGGGCUAUCAGCAAACACCAGCAUAACAGAUCCACUGCUUCAGAACACAAGAUUGACAGAAACAUUCCUAUGCUACCUGAAAUAUAUUCCAUAAGCAACACAUGUUAAAAACACAUAUGUAAUGUAUUUUUGUGACUUACUAGUAAUAAGCUUCAAUAUUGCUAUUUUACAAUUAUAUCAUAAGACAUAUAUAUUCUGUACAAUUCUUGUUAAACUUGUAUAGUUCAUGGAGAAAUACAUUUUGCAGGAAUUUAUACUAUAAAGCAUAAUAUGAGCUUUCUCCAAAAUAAUUGUUUUCAGAAGCACAACAUCCUAUAUCAGAUAGUCAUAGGUAUUAAACUUGUUAUAUAUUUAAAGGUUUUGGCAUUGUGCUGGUUUUGUUGAGAAGAAUGCAGAUAUUACAUUGUGGAUCUGAACAGCUCAAUUUUUGUAUGCCACAAGUUAUUUAUUAAUGGCAUCCAACUCCCCUUUUA